UUUAAGAUUCCGCUAUGCGUCUAUACACUUCCGUGUUGCGUGUCCGCCGAGGAGGAAGUCUGAAGUGAGGCCGAUGGGCGGCAUCAGUCUGUCUUGUGACCGUUUAGAGGCGCCAGUGCCCGGGUGAAUGGCUCCUCAUGCGCUAGUGCUCCGACUGUAGCUCGUGUGACUGCUCAUCGUCCACCGCUCUCUCGUUCGGAAGGCUGUGACCCGUCCGCGAGGGCCGGUUCGGCUUGUGUGGAUUCUGCGUGCUGUUCGAGACUCUCCGGUUCGCUGACUGUGGCAGGCGGGUGCCGUCGGGACGCGGAAGUCGUCGCCAUUCCGAUGCCAGGUGGUGGGAUGGAACAUGGAGGCUAACUAACUAGCCACUGCGGCACUUGGACGUCAGCAUGCCAGCAGCGGCUACUCAGCGCGGAGCCUGGAUUCUCCAUGACAGACGAGUUCCCGUUGACGUAGCUGUGAGAAUCUCAAAUGGUCUCUGCAAGUUACCGCUGUUAGCGAAGCUGGUGAAGGAGAAAAGAACGAAGCGAAAAACUGUCGCUGAAAAAGAAAUAUACAAAGAAAUACUUGAAAUUGCUUAAAUUCACUGCGGCUUCACCUACAGCGUGCUGAGGGGAAACACUGCAAGGUCAGAGAGGGAGUGGGCAAGCAAGGGCGAGACACAGGACAAACACAGAGAAAGAAAGAGAGAGACCAAGAGACAGAGACAUCAACGUCCACCUGACAGGCCAAGUGCUGUUUCAUCUCCUACAAGAUGGAUUCCGAGAGCAACGAGUCAGGAGUAUGUGGCUGCUGCGGGCCGCUGAGGCCUCGCUACAAACGUUUGGUGGACAACAUCUUCCCCGAGGACCCCAAGGACGGUCUGAGCAAGUCUGACAUGGAGAAGCUGACCUUCUACGCCGUGUCGGCUCCAGAGAAGCUGGACCGCAUUGGGGCGUACCUGGCAGAGCGUCUCAGCCGCGACGUGGUGCGCCAUCGCUACGGGAAUGUGGUGAUCGCCAUGGAGGCUCUGGAUCAGCUGCUGAUGGCGUGCCACUCGCAGAGCAUCAAACCCUUUGUGGAGAGCUUCCUGCACAUGGUGGCCAAGCUACUGGAGUCCAGAGAACCAGACCUGCAGGUUCUGGGGACCAACUCGUUUGUAAAGUUUGCCAACAUCGAGGAGGAUACUCCAUCUUACCACCGCCGUUACGACUUCUUCGUCUCUCAGUUCAGCGCCAUGUGCCACUCUACCCACGAAGACCUGGACACCAGGACCAGGAUCCGUGUGGCGGGCAUCAAGGGUCUCCAGGGCGUGGUACGAAAAACAGUCAACGACGAGCUGCAGGCCAUCAUCUGGGAGCCACAGCACAUGGACAAACUUAUCCCCUCCAUGCUCUUCAACAUGCAGGAUGGUGAUGACAUGGACAGGGCCGGAGUGGGACAUCCUAGCACGCCGUGCGUGUCUGGUCAGGACUGUGACGAGAACCCAUCCACGCUGGCAGAGAGCUGCUUCAGAGAACUGCUGGGACGCGCCGCCUACGGAAAUAUGAACAAUGCCGUGAAACCAGUGCUGGUGCACCUGGACAACCAUAACCUGUGGGAGCCCAACGAGUUUGCCGUUUCCUGCUUUAGGAUCAUCAUGUACUCCAUUCAGGCGCAGCACUCUCACCAUGUCAUCCAGCAGGUCUUGGGCCACCUGGACACCCACAGCAAAAACACCCCCAGGGUACGCGCUGGCAUCGUACAGGUGCUGCUGGAGACUGUGGCCAUCGCGGCCAAAGGCUCUGUGGGAACCAUCCAAGAGUGCAGAGCAGGUGACGCACUGGAGAGUGAACCCGCCACGCCUCCCAAUCUGUGGCUCGGUCCCACGGUUCUGGAGGUGUUCAACACGCUGCUCAAACACUUGAGGAUGAGCGUGGACUUGGAGCUUGGCGAGAGCUCCCGCAGAAACUCGGCCUGCAGCGCCUCGUCAGCAGGCCGUGCGAAGGAGAGCGACGAGCGCAUUGUGCAGAACGCCAUCAUUCAGACAAUCGGAUUCUUUGGGGGUAACCUGCCUGACUACCAGAGAGCUGAGGUAAUGAUGUUCAUCAUGGGCAAAGUGCCCGUCUAUGGGACACCUUGUCACACACUGGACACUGUCAAGAUUGGGCAUCAGGGGACCAAGAGGAUCCAGACCAUGCUGCUCAGCUCCCUCAUCAUGGUCAGUCAUUACACCGUGACGUCGGGUUUCAAGUCCAAGUCGAUGUCGGCUGCUCUGCCGUCUCCCUUCCUGGACCCGCUCUUCUCCAUCUCGCUCAUGGAGGACAGCGAGCUGCGCCAGCUUGUGCUCGAGAUCCUGCAUAACAUCAUUGACAGACACGACAACCGCGCCAAACUCAGAGGCAUCAGGAUCAUCCCCAAUGUGGCGGCUCUGAAGAUCAAAAGAGAGAAGAUUUCCAAGCAGGAUGUGGCCUUCAUGAAGAAGCACGGCCAGCAGCUGUACCGCCACAUCUACCUGGGCUGCAAGGAGGACGACAACGUGCACAAGAACUUCGAGCUGCUCUUCACCACGCUCGCCGUCCUCACCAUCGAGCUGGCCAACGAGGAUGUCGUCGUCGAGCUCGUGCGCCUCGCCGUCGCGCUGCAGGACAUGGCUCUGUCCACGGAGGAGAAUUUGUCCAUGUGGCUGCGCUGUGGCCUGUUGGCCUUGGUGGCGGCGUACCUUAACUUCCUCAGCCAGAUGAUCGCCAACACCACCUUCUGCCAGCACGUCAGCAAGGUGAUCGAGCUCAGGAACAUGGAUGCUCCCUACCUACUCCCGGAGCACGUCUUCAGGGACAAGUGCUCGCUUCCCGACUCCUUGGACAAGGACGAUGCGGCGCUGUUCUUCCAGAGCGCCGACAUGGCCGACAGUCUGGCGGGACCGGGAUACAACGCGGACAGACUCAACGUUCCGUACGUCCCGCAGGUCACAGUGCUUUACACAGUGGGAAAAAUCCUGAACAGGUGCAAACAGACGUCCAGAGAUGAAGAGCGCCUGACCAGGAGGAAGAGUUUCGUGGACACCAUCUCGCUGCAGGUGGACAUCUUGGCCAACAGCCUGCCAGACAAGUCACUGUUGGCUGAGGAGAUCACCUUUGAGACCCUGAAGAAAGCAAUUGACACGAGCGUUCUGGAGGAUCAAGAGCGUGAGCGUCGUCGCCAGGUGAUGGAGAAAUUCCAGAAAGCUCCAUUCGAGGAGAUCGCGGCACACUGCGAGUCCAAGGCCAAUAUGCUUCACGAACGUUUGGCGCACAUCUUUGAACUCACCAUCAGACCCCCCCCAAGUCCAUCUGGUGUGGUCUCUGUGUCGUCAGGCCACGCCCAGCACCAGUCGGUGCCCAUCUACGAGAUGAAGUUUCCCGACCUGUGCGUCUACUGAACAUGGGCGCAAACAAUCCCAUCAUAUCAGCAAUCACGUCAUCAUCAUGACAUCACGUCACCGCCUUGGGCUGUAACUUUGACUCCGCCGCAAACAUGGUAGACCAUAGAUUUAAAAGCAUAGCCCUAAAAACUUGAAUACACUUCCGUGUCAGCCAAUCACCAGCUUGAUGCUCACGUGCAUGCUCUGGUACGACGUGUUCAGUGGCAGCUAGGAAAACACAGCACUUUUGUUGGUUUAGAAUCACGUGACACAAUCAGAGGUAAAUGACGCGGUACAAAAAUGAGUUGAGGAUGUUUAUCAGGUUGAGCCUGUUGAUGCGAUGUCGAGUUUUUGAUGGUCUUGAAAGUACAUCGACUUGUAGGGCCAGCUCAGUGAAGGACUUUUAAGAAGAACCUCAACUCACUUAGGUUUAAAAGUGAACUGAACCCAAGACAUUUCUGUUAUAUUUUAAAUGUGCAUAUCUUCUUCAUCAGCUGCUGUUAACUUAAAUCUAUAAAGUAUUCUAAAAAAAUACGUGGUAGCAGGUAAUUCUCUACUCUCACUUUGACGUUACUUCCGGUCUGCAGCUGAUAUUGAUUUCGCCAAACAUGGUGAACCCCCCACCCGCCCCACGUUGAUUACUUAUUCUGUUGAAUUCUUCUUCCCUGAAUGCUAUAUUCAUCCAUCUUCUAGUUUUUACUAGCAAACUUUUUUUGGGUUUAGUUCCCCUUUUAACGAAAAGAAGGGAGAGAUUUCCUGAGCUUCGAAGAACGGUAAAUAACUUCACAGAAUUGUGAAAUAACUUUGAAGAACUUUCAAUUUGUCGAAGAACCUCUAAAGAAUCUAACGCCCUAAACGUUAAAUAGGUUUAGAUUUGAUUGAACUUCAAAGAAUUUGAAAGACAUUUGAGAAACAAAGAACUUGAAACAACUUUGAAGAGAUUCAGUGGCUUUUUGAUAAAAUAAGGUCAAGAAUCCGAAAAGAUUUAGGACUUUAAACUGGCUUCAAGAACUUCCAACUUUGAAGCACUUGGACUUGUAGGUUGUCUCAACAACAAUAUUACUCUUUGAAGAAAUGUUAUGGAUUAACUUCAAAUAAAUUUAAGAAAUUUAUUCAACUUUAAGGUUAUUUGAACUUUCAUGACCCUCAAUGAAUCUUAAAUCACCUCAGAGAAGACGUCUGAACAACUUUUAAGAAGCUUGAUACAUUUUGAUGAACUUGAAAGACGUUUAACUUCAAAGUACCUAAAAUAACUUUAAGAAUAGCUUGAAAGAACCUUGUUCAACAGAAGGUGAAUCCGAGAAGCUCCUUGUUGUGAUUAUACGGACGUUGGAUGUCAGUCAUUUCCAUCGUCUGCCAGCAGGUGAACAGGAAGUUGAUUGUUCAGCACUUCAGAUGGAGGAUAUCGGAAUAUAAGCUGGUCUCUAAAUGAAUGUUCAGUCGCUUUAACGUGACGACCGCGCUCCACAUGCAUGAUGCACACAAAUAGAUUUAUCAAGGGCAGUAGUAAAUGUACCAACAUGGUUUUCCAAACUGUCUUAGUUUGUGAAUUUGUCAUUUUAGCACUAGAUCAUCUAUUUUUCUAUCAUCGCCUGCUAUAUCCAUCUUGAUCUUAUUGCAGAGGACAGGAAGUCUGUUCUCACGUGUUGACUUUCAUAGGUUAACGUUAUGUCGCUUCAAUGUGGACUAAAAGUCCGUCAUGAAUGCAUCACUUGGUAUUUCCUGAUAAAUGUGCGGUAUUUAGUCCGGUAACAGCAAGUCUAUGUGCACAGAUCUAGAUACUUUGCCAUUUCGUGUAACGACUGCCUUGUGAGUUGAUUGAGGUGUGGCGUUCAGGAAGCAGUCAAAUACGGGACGUGCGGUCAGGGGAGGUAUCGUACAAAUUAUUCAAUAAAAUUAUUUUCAAUCUUA